GAUUAGAGGUUGUCGUGAGAUUUGGUUUGGAUUUGGAUUAUAUACUCGGUGAUAUAUAUAUAUAUAAUUUCUGUAAAACAUGGAAAAUAUAUAUAUAUAUAUAUCGUCAUAGGAAUUUGCAUGUCCGAGGGAUGCAUUCAGUUUCUUUAUCCAGCAGCGGUAAUAUAGUACCGGCUUUUUAAGUACAGAUAGCUGGAUUGAUCAGAAGGUACGUCUCCGAUAAAAAAAAAAAUGACGCAUGGAUUAGCCUGAGAAAUGUUCCUGCCGAAAAAGCUCGGAACGUUAUCUCGUCUGAUACUAUGGCGGUUAACUGCUGUGGUCCUCGUGCAGACCGCCCAUGUACCAGACGAAUAUUGGCAGUCCCUGGAAGUGGCUCAUCGUACAGCCUUCGGCUACGGCCACCUCACUUGGGAAUGGGCGGCGAUGAUUCGCAGUUAUACGUAUCCGUUCUUGAUAUCGAUCCUCUAUCGUGUACUCGCCGUGUUCUCUUUAGACUUCAUAUGGCUCCUGACGAUGUUGCCUCGAGUCUUCCAAGCUGUUCUCGUCGCUUAUGCGGACUACAGAUUCUACCAGUGGACUAAGUGCAAGUGGAUGCUGUUGGUCUUGUGUCUGAACUGGUACUGGUAUUACUGUGCCACGAGAACUCUCAUAAACACCGUAGAGACUGCUUGCACCACUAUAGCUUUAACGAUAUUCCCGUGGAAAGGCAGCCGUGUGCAAAGUGUGAAGUUUCUGUGGAUCGUGGGCUUCCUCAGUAUGGCGAGGCCCACCGCUGCGGUCAUCUGGCUUCCGUUGUGCAUAUACCACAUUUCUGCAAGUACAGAAAGGAAAGUAGCGUUACUUGGUCGCUACGUGAUGAUAUGCUGCGCCUGUCUCGCGACUUCUGUGCUAAUAGACAGCGUUUGUUACGGAACGUUUGUGAUCACCCCGUGGAGAUUUUUCCAAGCGAAUGUGCUCGGAGGCGUCGGGGAUGUGUACGGUAAACAGCACGUGUUGUGGUACAUCUUCGCCGGCUUGCCCGUGCUGCUCGGGCUAUACUGCGCUCCGUUCGUCUUGGCCGUCUGGCGGAUACUCAGAUAUUCCGUUUAUUUGCAGCGAGAAACGGUCAUGCUCCUAGUCAUCGGCUGGACGUUGACGGUUUACUCGUUGCUGUCCCACAAGGAAUUCCGAUUCAUCUUGCCGCUCCUGCCGAUGUUCAUCUACACGAGCUCCGCUUGCACAUAUCGUCUGAAAAUCAGAGUCACGGAAUUCGCGCGUAAGAGCAUCUUGGCGUUGUUGGUGUGCAGCAACGUCGUGCCCGGUCUCUACUUUUCCCUGAUCCAUCAGCGUGGCACGUUGGACGCGAUGGGCCUCUUGCGGGACGAAAUCUCUCACGCGGACCCAUCGCAGCCGACAGACACGCUGAUCCUGGCCCCGUGCCACGCCAUGCCGCUCUACAGUCAUCUGCACGUGAACGCGUCCGUAAGAUUUUUAACUUGCGAGCCGAAUCUGGGCAAUUCCGGAUACUACGUCGACGAAGCGGAUCGAUUUUUCGCGAACCCGUCGACCUGGCUUGACGACAAUUAUGUUAGCAACAAGGUCGCUACGUUACCGACCUACGUGAUAACGUUCGAUAACGUCGCGAGUAAGAUAACGGAAUUUUUGCGCUCUUAUAAAUUGAUCGCCAAAGUAUUCCACACACACUUUCCAGAGUCGAAUUAUGGGAGAUAUAUAUUGUUGUAUAAACACGCUACUUUCAGUUGAAGGAACACGCUUCGUUACGUGGACGUAAUAAUGGAAGCUGUAUUUAACGAAUAAAUUGAAAUUUUGCAAUAAAGAGAUAUAUAUAUAUAUAUAUAUAUAUGUCAAUUUCUCUCUGAAAGAUCUCUCGAUGACCUCCGAUUUCUACGUUCACCGUGCUAAGAUUAGUUCUGUUGCGAGAGAGAAGAUAGAAUUUUCCCCGUUCCACGAAUUGUUUCUCCUGUUUCACGGUCAGGAUAACAGCGAUUUCUUGCGAUUUCUCAGGAAAGUCAGCUCGUCGCCACGUGAUGAUCGAAGGAAUGCCGGCGUUCUCGCUAUCGAUGACAAAAAGCCGCACCUCCGACUCGUUCGGUCAUUAAUAACGAUUAGGCGAAGCAG